AUGAUGGAUGCCUUAAUGUUAGCCCAUCUCCGUAACGUGAUCACCGUUGAUCGUGUCAUUGAUGCUGUGAGCCGUCAUACGACCGUUGACGAGAGCGAGCGACCAAUGGACUCAGUCGAUGCGCUGCUCUUUUGGAUAAACAAAGUUUGUCUACUUGUGAGAGACGACGUUGAAAGGGCACAAAUCCAGCUGAAAGGAGCUUCCGAAGGCGGAAUGAUACCCGAAAUGGAAGACCUUUAUGAUGAAAUCAGUGAUGGGCAAUGUCUUUGUACAUUAGUUAGCAUGGUAUCGACCGCGAGAAAUGGAAAUUGA